AUGUCUGUGGUUGGGAGACGCAAAACCGCCGACCCCGUUUCCGGCCGGAUGCCCCCGAUGGUGGUCUCGCGGAACGCCAUCGACCCCGCCACCGCGCCUCCAAGGGCGAUGCCUCGACGACCGGAGCGGAAGAGGAGGUCCCAGCGGACCGGGAAACCCAAGAGUGCUGAAUGGCAGGAGAAUGUCCCUAUUCGCUUUAACCCGCGGUCCUUGCCGGAAUCGAGAGCACCAGCCAAGGACGAGCCCGGGAAGAGUGCGAGUGAGCUUUGGCAGUACCUGAUGAAGUACGUGCCGCAUACCACGCCCCUGCUCAGCAGCCCGCUCGUGCUCGAGCUGCUCCCUCUUUCGCGCCAAAGGGGCCUGCCUCACAAGUGGAGAUUCCAGCUCGCCGGCGGUUAUCCGGCGGUGCACACGCUCUUUGCUGUGCUAGUCUACCUUUGCGAAAUCAAGAAUCAGUUAGCAUGCAAAACCUGCACAGGUGCUAGCCCCUCGAUUCUUCCUUUCCCCGAGUGUAUCACACUCCCGGUGGCGGCAUCAGCAAAACUCAAGGCGUACUUUGGCGCCGCCGGCUGCUGCAACCGAUUCUAUCGUUGUACAAGCAGUAACAGGAACCAACCGUACUGCGUCUCCCGGUUCUCGUUGUCAUCCGACUUGGGCGGCGGCGCACAUGCCCUACCGGAGAACACCGUUAAACAAGCCGCCCUGUCCCCUCAACCCGACGCCGUUGACGAAGACGGCCACAACGACCCGACCCACGAGCCCGACACCUCCACCUCCACCUUCGCCUCCAUUUCCACGCCCCCUUCCCCAUCACCCACCGCCGCCCCCAAGUACAGCUACAGCCACACCUACAAAACCGCCAUCCCCGUCCUGGCCGCCGGCCGACCCAAGUUGGUAACCAUCACCAAACCAGCCCGCCCGGCUGCCGCACGUGCAUGCAACCAACCUCUCCAUACCACCACCACUCCCGCAACCACCACCAACAUCACCGUUGAUGGGCCCUCCAUUACCACCGCCCCUGGCGUUACUGCUACCACUACCACUAUCACCACCCAUGCCAAUACCAAAACCACCACCACCACCCCCGUCCCCACUGCGGCAACCACAACCACAACCACAAAACCAGGAGCAGCAGCAAAAACAACAAAAACAAAACGCCACAGCUCCAUCCGCCGCCUCGCCGAAAAGCUUGGGGCUAGGGCGGCGUGGCGGGAGGCGACUGUGUACCAGCCGCGGGGGGCGUGGUGCAUGAAGAAGUAG